ACUUUUUUUUUAAGCUCCCACUUGGUCAUACGGAGGGACUGUGAGAAAGGAAGUGCAUUUCUUCUUAGGGCGAUUGAGUUUAAAUUCAUAAUUUUUUUUCUCAGUCCAUUAUUUCUUUGGACCCUUGGUAACUUGACAACUUAGUUUUAAAUCAUGUGUUUCUUAGGAGAGAUGUGUAGGGCGAGUCUGAUUUCAGCCGCAAGGUUUGUCGCUUAAUUUUUAUCGCAGGUUUAGUUAGCUCGCUGGUUAGCCGUCUUUCUCCUUUUAAAAAGAAGGGGAACUUCGGAAAGAAAAUCCCCGCCUGGUUUCACGGCAGAUUUUCAACUGGAAUGACUGUCUUUCUGGUUUCAGACACCGUAAUGUAACAAGGUGGUACAUAAGUUUGGAGGCAGAGCGGCAUGCUGAAGAGCUCCUGCCUCAUUCAGAAUGAGUGUCACAGAUGGCGGGGGGGCAGCUAGCCAAGAUGGAAGGAGCUACGUUCUUCAGAUCUACGCUCGGCUCUCCCUGGAGGCAGCGCCAUGCUGCACCCUCAGGGUCUCCAAGGAGGCCACGGCCGCAAUGGUUGUCAAGGACGCAGCGGCCACAUUGGGUCUGGACGGUUCUAAGUUCUAUGUACUGGCGGAGGUAAAGGAGUGUGGUGGGGAGGAGUGGGUUCUGGAGGCCAGCGACCUUCCGGUUCAGAGGGUACUGCUGUGGCCCAGGAAGGCCCAGGACCAGCACCCGCAGAGCGAGGGCUUCUACUUCAUCCUACAGCAGCGCAACGAUGACGGUUCAAUCCAGUACGUCCAUUUGUCAGCCCUCAGCAAAGAGAGGGAGAGGCAGCAGUUGGCGGCUCGCGGCUUUCUGCCGCCACGGCAGGAGGAUCUCGACGACCUGUGUGACCUUCCUCACUUGACGGAAUCCAGCAUUUUGCAUAAUCUUCACAAUCGCUUCCAGAAGAAGAAAAUCUACACUUACGCCAGCAGCAUCCUCAUCGCCAUCAACCCUUUCAAAUUUCUUCCCAUUUACAACCCAAAGUACGUCAAGAUGUAUGAGAACCACCAGCUGGGCAAACUAGAGCCUCACAUUUUUGCCAUCGCGGACGUGGCCUACUAUGCCAUGCUGCGGAAGAGUGUCAACCAGUGCAUUGUCAUCUCUGGGGAGAGUGGCUCGGGCAAGACGCAGAGCACCAACUUCCUCAUCCACUGCCUGACGGCGCUCAGCCAGAAAGGCUAUGCUAGUGGGGUGGAGAGGACCAUCCUGGGAGCAGGACCAGUCCUGGAGGCAUUUGGCAACGCAAAGACGGCCCACAACAACAACUCCAGCCGAUUUGGGAAGUUCAUCCAAGUUAACUAUCUGGAGAGCGGUAUAGUAAGGGGAGCUGUUGUUGAAAAAUACCUUCUGGAGAAGUCUCGUCUUGUCUCCAGAGAGAAAAAUGAAAGGAACUAUCAUGUGUUUUACUACCUGCUGAUUGGAGCAUCGGAAGAGGAGCGAAAAGAGUUCAGACUUCUGCAGCCUGAAGAAUACUUCUACCUCAAACAGCAAAACUUUAAGAUAGAGGAUGAGGAGGACCUGCGGCAUGAUUUCGAGCGGCUGCAGCAGGCCAUGGAGAUGGUGGGCUUCCUGCCUGCUACCAAGAAGCAGAUUUUCUCAGUACUGUCAGCAAUACUAUACCUGGGAAACGUGACAUACAAGCUCAAGUCAACAGGCAGGGAGGAGGGCCUGGAUGUGGGACCUCCUGAGGUUCUUGCCACGCUUUCGGACCUCCUCAAGGUUAAAGAGGAAGAAUUAGUGGAAGCUUUAACGAAGAGGAAAACGGUGACUGUAAAUGACAAGCUGAUCUUGCCCUACAGCCAUAGUGAAGCUAUUACAGCUCGGGACUCCAUGGCCAAGUCUCUGUACAGUGCCCUCUUUGACUGGAUCGUCCUCAGAAUUAACCAUGCGCUGCUGAACAAGAAAGACAUGGAGGAGUCUGUCAAGUGUUUGUCAAUAGGCGUCCUUGAUAUAUUUGGAUUUGAAGACUUUAAGACCAACAGUUUUGAACAGUUCUGCAUCAACUAUGCCAAUGAGCAGCUUCAGUAUUACUUCAACCAACACAUCUUCAAACUUGAGCAGGAAGAGUACCAGGCAGAAGGAAUCACCUGGCAUAAUAUCGAUUACACAGACAAUGUGGGCUGCAUACAGCUGAUCAGUAAAAAGCCAACAGGGCUUUUCUAUCUGUUGGAUGAGGAGAGCAACUUCCCUCGCGCUACGGACGAAACUCUGCUGGCCAAGUUCAAACAGCAGCAUCUCAGUAACAAGUACUUUGUACCAACACCGGUCAUGGAGCCUGCAUUUGUCAUACAGCACUUUGCCGGACACGUGAAGUAUCACAUCAAGGAUUUCCGGGAGAAGAAUACCGACUACAUGCGGCCCGACAUUGUGGCACUCCUGCGCAGCAGUGACCGGGCGUACCUGCGGCAGCUAAUCGGCAUGGACCCGGUGGCCAUGUUCCGCUGGGGCGUCCUCCGUGCCACCAUCCGUGCCAUGGCUGCCUUCAAUGAAGCGGCCCGUCGCUGGGCGGCUAAGACUGCAGGUGUGAUCAGAGGCAGCUCUCGAUCUCCACUGAUGGAGCUACAGAGGGCCAACACUUCCACUGAGAAGAUAUACCGCCGUGGCUCUUUGCUUGAUUUCUCCUUUGAUCAUUCUGAAGAGCGCCCACUAGAGGUCUUUGAGGACAUCUUUGCUAGUUAUGAGAGUAAGAAGGACAUGCAUGCCCAAAUCAUCAGCUCGAUAAAGGACUUGCAGCUGGACGGCGAAGACCCUCGCAAGCUGCUGCAGUCCUGCGGUCGCCUGCGGUUCCCUCGCCACGUCCUGCAGAAAAAUAAGAACAUCAGGCAGAAGCAGAUCAUUCCUAAGAGCCUCAUCGACUCCCGUUCCCUUAAGUUCAUAGUGGGUCUCACCCUUCAUGAUCGCACCACCAAAUCUCUGCUGCACCUGCAUAAGAAGAAGAAGCCGCCCAGCAUCAGUGCCCAGUUCCAGACGUCCUUGAGCAAGUUGCUGGAGACCCUGGGAAAAGCAGAGCCCUUUUUCAUCCGCUGCAUUCGCUCCAAUUCCGAGAAGAUGGAGAUGCAUUUCGACGAGGCCCUAGUCAUGCAGCAGCUGCGGUAUACAGGCAUGCUGGAGACCGUGCGCAUCCGCAGGUCCGGUUAUGGUGCAAAGUACACAUUCCAGGAAUUUGUUGCACAGUUCAGAGUUCUGCUGCCGAAGAAUGCUGCACCUUCUCGAGAGACCAUAUCAGCUCUGUUGCAGAGGAUUGUGUCUGAUGGUACCACCUACCAGAUCGGCAAAUCUAAGGUGUUUCUGAAGGAACCAGUACGGCAGCAACUCCAUGACACCCUGCACAAGGAGGUCAUGCGGAAGAUCGUCUUUCUGCAAUGUUGGUACCGUGCCCGUUUCGACAGACGGCACUUCCUGGCUAUGAGAGAGGCGGCAGUUACGAUUCAGCGAUGCUGGCGCUGCUUCCGUGAGGUGCAGCACUUCCAGGCUGCGUCUCUGAUCCAGGCUGCGUGGCGGGGCCACAGGCAGAGAGCCCACUACCUCCAGCAGCUGGACACCAUUAAGAAGAUGCAGGCCUUAGUGCGGGGCAACUCCACCAGGAGGAGGGUCCAGACCAUGAAGGAUAAGAGGCGAAUGGAGAAGGAGGCCGCCAGGAGGAGGGCAGAGGAGGAGGCCGCCGCCAGGAGGAGGGCAGAGGAGGAGGCCGCCGCCAGGAGGAGGGCAGAGGAGGAGGAGGCCGCCAGGAGGAGGGCAGAGGAGGUGGAGGCCACCAGGAGGAGGGCAGAGGAGGAGGCCGCCAGGAGGGUAGAGGAGGAGGAGGAGGCCACCAGGAGGAGGGUAGAGGAGGAGGAGGCCACCAGGAGGAGGGCAGAGGAGGUGGAGGCUGCCAGGAGGAGGGCAGAGGAGGUGGAGGCCGCCAGGAGGAGGGCAGAGGAGGUGGAGGCUGCGGAGAAGCAAAAGAGUAAAGAAAGAAAGGAUAAACCUGAGCUGAGUUUUGAGCGCAUGAUGCAGGCUGUGCCGGUUUGUACCAGUGAAGAGAGCAGGGAGGCGCAGCAGAGGGACAGCACUCCGCUCCUGGCUGGGGAGGUGGCUGGCCAGGCCGGGAGCUCCAGAUCUGUCAUUUUUGAUGAUAGUGAGGAAAGCGGAACUGCUGUGCAGCCAGAGGAGGUGAUGACCGAGGCAGGUCCAGCACAGCCGCAUGGAGAGAGACCUAGGGCUCCCCGGCUACACAAAUCUCCUGUGUCCAGGAGUCAGGAAAAACGGGAGCUGAGGCGGCAGCGUGGCCUGGAACACAGUCAGCGGGAGUGCCAGCGGGCCGCCUCAGCCAGCAAGGAGGAGCAGGCGACGAGUCCCAAAGGCACUGAGCCGGCUGCAGGCACCGAAGGCAAGCCCAAGGACAGCAAGGAGCUGGACCAGUACACAUUUGUCGAGUGGAAGGUGAAAGAGGAGAAAGGGAAGAAGGAGGCCAAGACGUCCACUUCCCCCCAGAGCCGCCCGAACACGCUGCCUUUAGACCUCCCCGGCCAUAAGCCCAGCCGUAACGGCCACCAGGGCCCCCCCAACCCCCCCCUCACUGGCUCCCUGCAUCGCGGCACCAAGCUCUUUUCUGCAAAGAUUGACCAGCACAAGGAGAAGCAGCCUGAGGCCGCCCCCCCGGACAGCUCUCCCCACCAGCAGAGAGUGGCUAAGACCUUACCGAAUAUGCGAACAUCUGCAUCAUCGGAUAAUAUUGCCAUCUCCCCUGGAUUUGACAGUCCCAGUACUUCAACAAAAGAGGCUCAGUCCAUUGCAGAGACUUGCACUCCAGACUCGAAGGUCAGCACCCUCAAGCGGCGAUCUAACGACAUCUUGGUUAAUCAAGACGUCCAUCCCCAACCGCCAACCCCUGAAAAAUCAGGAUUUCUGAGCAAGAUCCUGAGGAAACGUCCACCUAAGGAAGUGCAGACACCAGACGAGGAGCCGUCUGCCGCACAGGCCCUUGCUGAGAGGGGGGGUGAAGCCGCCUCCCAGUCUCAGCCAUCCCGCUCCCACCACCACCACCACCACGCUGAGGCUUCCAGCGGCAGGCUACGCCGGAACCCCACCAUCAAGAUCAGUCGCGCCACCAGGGUCUCCGAGCAGUGGAACGACUCUAUAGACCACAAGAUCAACAAUGCCAAUGAGCUGCGGCAGCUGGAUGAGUUCCUGGGCAAUCAGGUGAAUGACCUGCGUUCCAGGGGGAAGCAGCUAUCAGCAACGGAGCAGAUCUUCAUCACUGCCACCAUGCAGUUCAGAGAAAACAUUAAGGGCAUGUACACACUCUCGAAACCCCACAUAGGCUACAAAGGACUGAUGACGGGCUACCAGAAUAAGGUCAUCGCUCUGGCUGGAGAGAAGCAGAAGUCCGAGGUCCAGCUUGUUAUCAACUUAUUCCAGUCUGUUCUGGAUAUAUUCAUCCGCGGAGAGAUUAAGAAGGAGGAGGAGCCAGCCAAGCCUGCAAAAUCUCGAAAGAAGAGGCGGAAGAAGGAUAAAUCCUUGGAGAGUCCGCUGGACCACAUGUUUGACACAUAUCAGGUGACCAUCAUCCAGUCAUGUGACCAAUGCUGCUCCUAUAUCUGGGGCAUGGAAAACGCCUUCAUGUGCACCUCUUGCAAAAUGGUGUGUCACAAGAAGUGCCUCAGCAAAAUCACCACGGAUUGCUCUUCAUAUUGUGCCAAGAAGUCUGAAGAUGAGUCCGGUUCCCAGAACUUUGCAGUGCAUGUAAGCUCGCUAAUCAAUGACAAGAACCCGGUGCCUCUGGUGCUGGUGAUGAUGCUGGAGCAUGUGGAGAUUAACGGCCUGUACACAGAGGGCAUAUAUCGCAAGUCGGGCGCUGCCAACCGCAUGAAAGAGCUGCGGCAGCUACUGGAGACGGACUGUGGCGCGGUGUGUCUGGAGGACUACCCGAUUCACACGGUGACGGGCUUGGUGAAGCAGUGGCUCCGUGAGCUUCCAGAGCCCCUGAUGACCUUCACACAUUACAGUGACUUCCUUCAUGCCGUUGAAUUACCUGAAAAGUCUGAACAAAUACAUGCUGUUUACAAAGUACUGGAACAGGUUCCACAUGCAAGCUUCAGCACUUUGGAAAGACUUAUCUUCCAUCUUGUGAGAGUAGCCAAAGAGGAAGCACACAAUCGUAUGUCCCCCAACUCUUUGGCCAUUAUCUUUGCACCCUGCAUCUUGCGGUGUCCCGACUCCGCUGAUCCCCUGACCAGCAUGAAGGACGUGGCAAAGACAACAAUGUGUGUGGAGAUGCUGAUCAAUGAACAGACAAAGCGGUACAACGAGAAGAUAGAAGAGAUCGAGCAGCUGGAGUAUGCGGAGGCUUUGGCCGUCAACCAGCUCCGGAGGCAGAACACGUGCUGGCAUUUGCCUCUCAGAUUUCCCUCUCCUUACAAAGGAGUGGUGGUCCAUGAGAAAUUGCAUUCAGAUCUGCAGGCGAUCCCUGAGAAUCUGCCUACCGAUUCAGACAGAGAGGCAGAGAAGAAUCUUAUGGAGCGCAUUAAAUCCAUCAAGCAGGAAAAGGUGGAGCUGGCCUGCAGACUGCCCGAGCUGGAGCAGCCCGGCUCUGACCAGGAGAACUUGGAUUCUGAGGCUUCGGUCAGCUCUGAGAGCCUGCUGGAAGAGCGGCCCGGCAGCGUGGACUCCGAAGUAGGUAAAGGGAUGCUGGCGAUUAAGAACGACACACCGGCCUGCGCAUACAAGCCUGCAGACGAAGCUCACCGGUGCCCCCCACCUGCCUCGCAUGCGGCCCGACUGCAGUUAGAACGGCGCCAUCCUGUCAUUCCCAGCACUGUGAAGCUGCCUCCAGGGGUUCUGUCCCGUUUGGGCAGUCAAACACUCUGCCGCUAUACUGCCCAGGCCCUGGCGCAACUGCGAAGGCGAGACCAUCCAGCACGGCGCAGAGGCAUCACCCAGUCCCUCUACAUCUGCCCUGGCGAGGAUCCCACAUCCGCCCAUCUCCCUCUGUUGGACCCCGCCAACUGCCAGUCCAAUAUUCAGGUCAAAAGGCGCUUCUCUGACCCCGACAUCUCUUACACAGAUGACGACAUCUGACGGCGCCCUAAGAACACGGCGUUUUACUGUGUCUGCAUACAGUUACUGUCAACAUUGAAUGUUUGCGCGUCGUUCAGUUGUCUGUCAUAAUUGAAGAGCUCUCACUAAGCACUUUUAAAAAAUUUCUAGCCUCGGUCAGUGUCACACACGAAGAUAAUCGUGCUGCAUCUUGAGUAGAUACUAAAUUUUGUGUUGCACACCAAUAUAGUUUUUUUCCCCCCUUUUUUCUGGAAGACUACCCAAGGCGAAUAAAAUUCCAUCUUCCAUUCAUUUUGAACUCUGUCAGGACUCAACAUUUUUGUCAAGAGUGCCUUUUUUCAUACUUACCAAUUCAUCUGUAUUUUCUGGAUUCUUCAUUUUUUACGAUCACUAUGAAACUGGUUAAAGCCUGCUUGAAGAUAAAUGAUUAAUUGGAAAAAUGAGCACUGUGACAUUUUCUCAUGAAGUCUGGCCUUUUUGUCACUCAUACAGUUUCUGAGCAAUAGAUGAACAAAGUGCUAGCAGGCUUUGAGAACCUAAGCCAUUACCCUUCCAAGCAAUUCUGCUGUCGUUUGGGAAGAUAAGGAAGAUUUGUUCUGUUGAAUUGACCGUGCCAAACGAUUUCUCCCAUGGGAUAAACACUUAAUGCUUAAGAAUGGAAACUUGAAACUCAUUGGAAACUCAUUUUUAAUAUACUUUGCAAGGUGGCACUUUCAUAGCGUGUAACUGGCUACGUAACAGCCGUGUGAAACGGACCAUGCCUUUCACAUGUAGUUAUUUCCUUUUCCCCUUUACACUACUGUACCUGCUAUUGCACGCAACAUAUGAAGCAAUAAGAUGAGCAGUUACUAGAUUUGCACACUUUGGGAACAUCUGGGCUACUUGGAAGUAGUAUGUGCCUUUUCAGAUACAGUAUGAGAACCAUUUUCCAACAUAAGAUUCAAACUGGACAGGCCUCUGAACCUUAAUAUGACUCGUCCAAUGACCGUCCCCUUUGGCCUGCUGGGUUUUCAAUGAUAUUUAACAUUUUUCCACCCCUGGUCUUAAGUCUCCAGUAACUGUAUAAAGUUUUAUGAACAUUUUAGCUAGUUUUUUAAGAACUUGUAUGUAGUAUUGUAAUUAGUCAUUCUUUGAGGUUCGAGAACCCCAAACAGAGUGUAAUUGCUUUUGGAAACCACUUGACUGAAAAGUAUUCCUUGCAUGGUCUGAAUGACCUGACUGUUGCUUAAUGUGCUUUUUUUAAUGGACCAAAACACGCUUAACCCACUUAAGAAUAUGUAUACAAAGAAAAUGCCUUCAAGCUGUCAUGGACUCUUCAAAAACUUUUGCAGUUUUGAAUCUGGGGUGCAACUGGUGUUUAGAGCCUUAGAUUUGCAAAGUAUAAAGGUGCUCAUGUAAGUUUUUCUUUUUUUCUUUUUUUUUUUUUGUCAAUACAUUCCAUAUUCAGAUUUGCUACUGAAAGUCAUCCAUCCAAGUUUGAAGGUGGACUUAAAUAAACUAGCCAGUUUAUCUGUGUAAUGUUGAUAAUUAAACAAUCUGGCUGGAUGUGGAAUUGAAUUGUAAAUGUUACUUUUUGUUUAAUUCCAUUGACUGUAAUUUUGGCAUCUUAAAGGCAUCAGAUUGGUACAUGUCUGCACUUUCGUCUUGUGCCACAACAGGAUAGUAUUCUCCUUUCUUUACUUUUGUUGUAUUUUUAAACUCCUACAUUAAACAUUUAUGCUACCUGUCAUACCUUUGUCUCAGCAGAAACUGGUCCCAAAUAAAAUUAAAUCCUUUUUUCCUCAAGCAA